CCUUCGUUCACUUUUCAUUCUCUCUAUCGUUUUCAUUUUCCGAUCUUUUGAACGCAAACUCGAUCUUGUUCAGAUGACUUCAUCCACCGUCGAUAAAGGUCUCAUCGUCAGCUUCGGUGAGAUGCUCAUUGACUUCGUCCCUACCGAAUCCGGCGUCUCCCUCUCCGAAUCUCAAGGGUUUCUCAAAGCCCCCGGCGGUGCUCCUGCCAACGUGGCCAUCGCGGUUUCGCGUCUCGGAGGUCGUGCCGCAUUCGUAGGUAAACUCGGUGACGAUGAGUUUGGCCAUAUGCUUGCCGAAAUCUUGAGGAAGAACGGUGUCGCUGAUCAGGGGAUCAAUUUCGACAAAGGAGCAAGAACUGCACUCGCCUUCGUGACUCUGCGUUCUGACGGAGAACGAGAGUUUAUGUUCUACCGGAACCCCAGCGCCGAUAUGCUUCUCCGUCCAGACGAGCUCAAUCUUGAACUAAUCAGAUCCGCGAAAGUGUUCCACUAUGGAUCAAUAAGUUUGAUAACGGAGCCAUGUAGGUCAGCUCACAUGAAGGCAAUGGAAGUGGCGAAAGAAGCCGGAGCUCUUCUUUCGUAUGACCCCAACUUGAGGGAACCUCUAUGGCCAUCACCUGAGGAAGCUCGGACUCAGAUCAUGAGUAUCUGGGACAAGGCUGAUGUCAUUAAGGUCAGUGACGUGGAGCUUGAGUUCUUGACUGGUAACAAAACGAUCGAUGAUGAGACAGCUAUGUCUCUGUGGCAUCCCAAUCUGAAGCUUUUGCUUGUUACUCUCGGCGAAAAGGGAUGUCGUUAUUACACUAAGGGUUUCCAUGGAUCUGUUGAAACUUUUCAUGUGGACGCGGUGGAUACUACCGGGGCUGGUGAUUCUUUCGUUGGUGCGCUUCUAAACCAGAUUGUUGAUGAUCAAUCUGUAUUUGAGGAGGAAGAGAGAUUGAGACAAGUGCUGAGAUUUGCAAACGCUUGUGGAGCCAUCACAACGACUAAAAAAGGAGCCAUUCCAGCUCUUCCUUCAGACUGUGAAGCUCUCAGCUUUCUUAAAGGACAAGUAGACUAGAAGCGUAAAACCUAUUUUCUUUAGUCCGCAAUUCUCCUUGUCCAUUGUAAUUUUGUGUGUUUUCGAUUCUUGCUGAUGUUUCUGAUUUGCGGUAAAAAGGAUCCCAAAGUUUUUCUUCUUUUGUUAGCUCUUUGUCUCUUCUUCAAUCUAUUGAAUAAAACAGAAUUGUGGUGUCUUAUGUCACAACUCACAAGGUCUAUAAAAAGCGGAGUAGUAAACAUGAAGAAACGAAAAACCUAAGAAAAACAGAGCAGACAC